AAGCCGCUUAUUUUUUUGGGUAUAAAAAGGCUAUCAAUAAACUAUAAUUUUCAAGGAAGAAAAUAUCGAAAUUUUCCUGCAAUUAGCUAGGUAUAUAAACCAUGGCUACUUUAGUCCUGCUUUUGCUGUUUUAUCUUUUUCAUCUUCAACUGGAUGUUCUUGCAUUGCCCGCUUCGUCUGAUUAUAAUUUUAGUUACAUGAAAUCUGUAUACAAUGCCAUUGAUCUACCAGCUAAAGAAUUAUAUGACUACAUAGUAGUUGGAGGGGGUACAGCAGGUUGUUCUUUGGCUGCAACUUUAUCAGAAAAAUACUCUGUGCUAGUCCUGGAAAGGGGCAAUGUUCCUGCCGCAUACCCACAAGUCUUGAGCACAAAUGGGACAUUAUAUAACCUCAUUCAAGAAGACAACGGUAAAACACCUGCUCAACGAUUCAGAUCAGAAGAUGGAGUUGCAAAUGCCAGAGGGAGAAUUCUUGGUGGGAGCAGCAUGAUCAAUAUUGGUAUCUACUCCAGAGCCGAAGAUGAAUUCUAUCGAGAAUCAGGCAUUCCAUGGGACAAGGAUCUUGUUCUAAAGGCAUACAAGUGGGUGGAAGAGACUAUUGUGUUCCAAUACAAUUUGUCGGCUUGGCAAUCCAUUGCAAAACAAGCUUUAUUGGAAGCUGGUGUUGUUCCUGACAAUGGAUUUAACUUGAACCACAUAGUAGGAACCAAAGCUACCGGUUCAACCUUCGACGACAAAGGAAGGAGACACGGAGCUGUGGAGCUGCUCAACAGAGGAGAACUCAAAAACCUGCAAGUUGCAGUUGAGGCCACAGUAGAGAGAAUCAUCAUCUCUAAUAAGUUUCCUUCCAAAGAUUCGAGCUUGACUGCCAAAGGAGUCAAAUACAGUGAUUCAAAAGGGAGGACUCAUCAUGCAUUUGUAAGAAACAAAGGAGAGGUGAUAUUGAGUGCAGGGACAAUUGGUAGCCCUCAACUUCUUCUUCUCAGUGGAGUUGGUCCUGUUCCUGACCUGUCUUCACUUCAAAUCCCAGUUGUUCACCACAAUCCUUAUGUGGGGAAGUUUAUGGCUGAUAAUCCUCGCAAUAACAUCAACAUUGUAGUCCCAUUUGCAUUAGACCCAUCACUUGCACAGGUUGUAGGAAUUACCAGUGAAUUCAAUUACAUAGAGACAUUGUCCUAUACUCUGCCAUUUUCUUUUCCUAUACCUUUUGGCCUUUUCCCAAACGCAAUAUCUCCGUUAAAUGCCAGUUUGGCAACCAUUGUAGUCAAAAUACAAGGACCCCUGUCGAGCGGUUCACUCAGAUUGGCUUCGUCUUCUGAAGUGAGAGUCAGUCCAAUUGUCAGAUUCAAUUACUUUGAUAAUCCUAUUGACCUUGCUCGUUGUGUUAAGGGGGUGAGGAAGGUUGGUGAUGUAUUGAAGACCAAAGCCCUGAAACCAUUUAAGACUAGAGAUUUGCAAGGCAGAGAAAGUUUCAUGUUUUUAGGACCAAGGUUGCCAGAGAACCAGUCUGAUGAGUCGGCAAUGGACAAGUUUUGUAGAGCGAGUGUCACCACAUUUUGGCAUUACCAUGGAGGCUGCUUGGUGGGGAAGGUAGUGAAUGGUGAUUUGCGAGUGAUGGGGAUCAACGGACUUCGCGUUGUAGACGGAUCCAUCUUUAAUAGGUCACCAGGGACCAACCCUCAGGCCACAAUCAUGAUGUUGGGCCGGUACGUUGGACUUAAGAUGCUUCAGGAAAGAAGUUGAAGAGCAAAAUCGAGAAGCCAAUGUUUGAUAUUUAUUUAAUUUGGUUUAGGCAUCACAAAUAAAUUAAAUAAAAGUUCAAAAAUGUGUCAUACUAUUCUUGAACGACGACUAUUCAGUAUGUGUUUGGAUGAAUAAACUACUAAAGUAAUACUACGUAUGUGUUUGCAAAAUAUAAAAUUGCACAUGCAAGUUUUUUUUUUCUUCAUUUCAAAAUUAAAAUAUUCCUUUAUAAUUAAGUUUGCGACCACAUGCACUCUGCUCAAAAUUACGGCCAAUGUUCAUGUCAUAUGGUCAAAAGCAAUGACUUGGCUUAGUUAGCAACUUUCUGUUCUGUUGCAUUCCACUGUACUCUGUUUGGCUUACAUUUGAACAUACGGCUGGCUUACUCUGUCCUGGUUGAAAGGGGCAGUGUUAUAUACUGCUGCAUACCCAACCGCCUUAAAUGCAAACGGGUGAUAAGCUAAUCUCAUGUAAGAAGACGAUGGUAAGAUACCUGCUCACAGGUUCAUAUCAGAAGAUGAUGUGAAAAAUGUGAGAGGAAGGAUCCUUGGUGGGAGCAGCAUGAUAAAUAUAAGGGUUGAAUGCAUUUUGGAUUCUGAA